AUGUGCAAUGAACAGGACUCCCAGAUUCUCGGGCUGGACUUACAACCACACAAAAAACGAAAUGAAAACGCAGUAACGGGAGGGGUGGCUAGGCUAACCAUCGCAGCCUCCUGGAACAGCCUUUUGACGCACAUCGCAACCACGUUAAUACGAGCAAACAGGAGCGCAGAUCAAAUAUCUGAGGUUGACGCUCUGGUCGCCAAAGUUACUGCUGGAAACAAUGAAUCUCAGGACGUGGCAGUCUCGUACGCUCUUGAUCAUCCUCUCACCUUGAUCAAAGGGCCCCCGGGCACUGGAAACUUAAAGAACCUCAUAGAGCUCGUGGAACUAUUUUCGAAUACCGGUCGCAAGGCCUCGGUCGUCGUGCCCUCGAACUCUGCAACCGAGCACAAUGCCAAGCAUGGCUCAAAACUGUGGGAUGGAAAAGGGUAUGAACCCAAAGAGAUACACUGGGUUCGUAAGGUCUCCGAUGAGAAGAUAACGAUAGCAUCCAAAGUUAUCCACGCUAAAUUUACACAACCGCCAUGCCGACUUCACAUCCUCGGUCUCGAAGACGCUCCUAAAGACGUGACCACCUUCUUCAAGGACAAGAUCGUUGAGCAGGCACUUGGCGACCCACAUGCCCCGCCUUUGAAGGCCCGCAUUAUGCAAGAGUUAGAGGAGGCAACGCAGAAGUCCGAUUCGUGGGUCUCGACAAACCCAAACUCCCGCUUUGGGGCUCUCGAGGACCGAGAGUUCCUCAUUCUCAACAGAACCCCAAAAUUAAAAGUAAAAUAUGCGGCAAAGUAA